UUUUUUUCAUCUUCCUCAUCAUCAACCCCCUCCUCUUAGUCUCUUGCUUACUAAAUCUCUCAUAGGAUUAACAAAAUGGUGCAAAGGAAGGACAAUAAUCUAACCAAAUAUUAUCCAAAGUACCCGGCCAUGCCCAUGAACUGUUCCAUUACUGCUAGAAAUCUGCGCAAGUGCGACUUAGGAGGAGUCAUAUUUGGCUGCAAACACAACACCAUGAAUGAAUGUCUCACAAAGCAAAUGUUUGGUCUGCCCUACACACACUACUCCUAUGUGAGAAAUAUUCAGGAAGGUCUUCCCCUGUUUCUGUUCAAUUACAGCGACCGGAAAAUGCACGGCCUCUUCGAGGCUGCAGGCCCGGGCCGUUUGAACGCCGACUCGUAUGCGUGGACUGACGGUGGCCAAGAAAGAACUCCCUUUCCUGCUCAGGUUGCGAUACGCAUUCGAGUGCGAUGCCAACCGGUUAUGGAGAAUCAAUUCAAAAGAGUGAUAGAAGAGAACUACUAUACACCCCAGCACUUUUGGUUUGAGCUAGACCAUGUGCAAACCAGAGGUUUAACUGCAUUGUUCACUCCUUUACCCUCUCCUACCAAAACCAUGAUUACUCCCUUUCCGUCACAAAGGAAUGGUACGUCAAAAGCAUCUACGAGCUCGAAUUGGAGGGUGUUAGGAAGCUCAGAAGCUCCAAAUGCGAAUGGCGGAGAGACGCAGAAGGAUCCUAAGACAACUUUGGAUAUGCUUAAUGAUAUACUUAGUGAGAUCAACCUUGAUUCAACUAGUUGGAAUGAAGCUAAAAAUGCUCAGGAAGGUAGCUCAAGCCAAACACUACCUGCUGCUUCCAAUGAAGCAGAUUGCGAAGUGCCGGAACAUUGGGAGGACUUGGCGGAGAACAAUGCGAUCAGUGUUGCAGAUUAUGGAUUCAGUGUAGAAGAGCAGCAAACUCAUCAUCAGUUCGAGACCGAGAUGGAAAGGGUGUUAUCUAAACUGCAAAGAUUGGUUGACGAACGACAGAUACCAGAUUCAUCUCAGAGUGAUUGCAAAGACAACCGCGCUGUUCAAUACUACACUAGGGAAGUGACUGAGAAUUAUGAUGAAGUUCCAAAUGAGAAUUACUCUGAUGAUUUUGCAAAUGAAGGCGGGGUUAGUUGGGAACUUGCAGAAGCGUGCGAGGACGACAUUUUGGAGGAUAAAAGUAAUGUGAUUUUAUCUAUGCAAGGCGACAUUCCAAGUUCAUCUCGAGGUCCACGCGGGAAUCUUCAGUUCGAGCGAAUCAUUAAAGAUUUGAAAGAACGAGCGGAGAAUUUAGAGAAGAAUCAGGUCAUUUGUGGCCAGGAAAUUGAACGACUUGCGGUUGUAUUUAACGAAUCGGAAGUAGAAAUUGAACAACUGAAGGGCCAGAUAAAGGAACUUGAAUUGGCUAUCGAUGAGUCUAUGCGAGUUGAUGAUUCAAUGAACCAGUUUGUUGAACACUGUUUGGGCUCGGAAGAUGUAAUUUAUCUGAUCGGAGGUUUCAAUGGCUCAUCCUUGCUUUCGAACUUAGACUCCUAUUCACCGGCGAUGGACAUAAUAACGCCUCUAAAGGCGAUGCUUUAUCCUAAGUCUUAUGCAUCAGCUGUGGCAUUAAGUCGAAAGAUUUACGUAAUUGGCGGGGGCGAUGGUCUUUCCUGGAACAAAACAGUCGAAUGCUAUGAUCCGGUGUAUGACGAGUGGAAGUUAUAUCCCUCGUUGGUGGACGAAAAGGGAAGCCUCGCUAGCGUUACCUUACGUGGAAAAAUAUAUGCACUUGGUGGAGGGAAUGGAAAUGAUUGCUUCGCCAAGGUCGAGAUGUUUGAUCCGGCUCUCGAAAGGUGGAUAAUGAUUCCAUCAAUGCUUCAAAAGAGGUUUUCACUGGACAGUGCAGAACUUAAUGGCGCAAUCUACGCAGUUGGUGGCUUCGACGGCAAUAAAUAUUUGAGAUCUGUUGAGAGACUUGAUCCAAGGGAACCUCACUGGAAAAUGCUCGCACCUAUGAAUGCAACAAGGGGAUGUCACUCCGUGGCCGUGCUUAACGAGAAGCUGUACACCACUGGCGGUUACGACACUGACGAGAUGGUUCCGACUGUCGAAGUCUACGAUCCGCGGAUGUCAGUGUGGGUGAUGGCUGAGCCUAUGCACUUCAGUCGAGGAUACGCCUCUACGGCCGUGCUUGGUGGGUCUAUAUACGCCAUCGGCGGGGUUGAUAACUGCGACAACAUUUUGGACAUUGUGGAGUGCUACAAAGAGGGUCGCGGUUGGGUUAAAACUGAUCUGAAAGGCAUCGGCAAGAGAUGCUACAGUUCGGUCGUCGUCAUCUGAACAUGUGAGCGAGUGUCAUCGGUCGUUUGAACUUUCAGCUUGGUCGGCAUUCAUGAUUGGAUUGCAUACGAUAAUACAAGAGAGCGAUGUUGGAAGAGAAAUGUGUUUAAGGACUCGGAGGUUUCGGGAGUUAUAACAAAUAACGGUUGGGUGCACUUCGAUAAUCCCUACCUCUUGCGGUACUGGUGUCCUUAAGCGACUUGACCCUCUUUCCCAACUAGCUCUCUUGUUUUAUCUUAUCCAAUCCAUUCCUGAAUACCAAAUUAAUCCUUUGUUAUUUGGACUUAUGUAUAGUUUGUCUUAAAAUUAUGCGUCAGCAGUGACUAAAUGUUUGUUUUCUUUUUUAAGUUAUGGGAUUGUAAUGACUAAAUGU